AACUCCAACCGCGCGUUUUCGGAUAUAAAGCCAUGGUCGAAGCACAGAGCGUGAGUGUGUGACCGUCCUCAGGGUUUGUCUUGUGUCUUGCCUGAUUCCUUCGCCAUCACCACCACCACCACCACCGCCGCCAUGUUAAGCAGAGUCAUCCUGAUGGUGUUGGUGGCGAGUACUACUGCUGUGUCUCCUCCGGGACCAUCUUGUCGCCUGCGCUUGCGACAACCUCUGCCACAACCACCAACUUACAGGCCGCCGUAUUCCCCUGCUAGUUAUUACCCCUCGACCGGGGGCAUGUGGGUCUGCUAUACGUCUUACGGAUACGGCGGCUCUGUCCCGUACCCAUAUGGCUCUCGUCCAGGCUAUUGGCCUUAUGGUGCCGCAGUCGCCACACCCGUCGCAGCCACUGCACCAGUGCCAUCCGCCGCAACUGCCACACCCAUCGCAGUUGCUCCAGCAGCCCCACCCAGUAUACCCUACCCAGCCGCCGCACGUGUCGCACCCACACCCGUCGUAGCAUAUCCAUACUACGGUGGUGCCACUCAAGCUCAGCCUGUUGCUUUUCCAUAUCCAUAUCCUGGAAGACUUCUUGCCACGGUGAGAAGAGCUCGGAAGACAAGAAGUGUAGCGACCGACGAGGGUCAGCAACAAUCCUUUUCUUCAAUCACUGAGAAUAUACCACAAGCAGAAACCCUACCUUCUAUCACCGACUCAUUACAAGCAGAUCAUCCCUCGCCCUACAUCACCGACUCAACAUCACAAACAAAAAUGUUGCCUUCCAUCGUCGAGGUCAUACCCCAGGCAGAACAACUCCUGCCUUCUUCCCCCGCCAGUGGACAGCCAUUACUCGCUGCCAUCACGUCCUCCAGUGCUGCUGGAAAGCUUGCCGUGAGCGUGGUCUUCACCAGUAACAGCUUCAUGCACAACUUCUUCACACACCAACUGUACCCAGCUGUACAAGCCCUCGGCAUCCACCUCACUCUGGACUUGCUGCCUCACCCAGAUGGAGGUUGCCAGCCCGGCUCCAGCAAGUGUCUUGGAAGUUCCUUGAUGGUCUGUGCUGCUGAGGCGCUGCCCCUCACAACCGCACAACUUGCCUUCUCGGCUUGUUUCAUGAAGGGCACCCUCGGCCUUCAAGACCAAAGCUAUCCUGCAGUUAUGAAUGUUGCCAAGAUGUGCAUGGGUCCCUUCAGUGUCCUUAACUGGAUGCAAAUGGCAGGCUGCGUGUCGUCAGGACGGGGCGAACAGCUAUUCACUGCUGCUACCAAACGCCUAAACCUUCUCGUCCCUGGCCCACAAAAUGCCCCCAUUGUGGCAUUCAAUCAGGAAGUGGUGAUAGCUGAUGCGAGCGCCCUUGAGCUCUUCCCUACAUUAUUGUGUCAGCAGCUGACCCAGGUCCCCGAAGCCAGCACAUUCUGCUCCUACAACACACUUUACUGAAACUCAACUCUGCAUCCACAUUCUCAAAACUUUUUAGGAUCAGAUAUCAACUACUUUCCUUAGGUUGUAAGGAGUUAGGUUAACAAGGGUGUUGCGAUGCAAGUGGUGCCCUCAAGAGUACUUGGUUCAUCAGUGGACUAUACACCUACUUAUAACUCAACUCUUGCAGGACCUUUGAAAAUGGUUGGUGCAAAAACUUGACGCACUUCAACAUGAACUCCAAAUACCCAUAUCUCUGGGGUUGGUAGUCCUUGUACAUCAGUUAAGUGGUGUAGUGCUCUCUACAGAACUUAGAUUUUUCGCCUUCUUAUUCAUCGAAUAACCCUCCAGACAGAGUUAUGUCGGAUUCUAAUACUUGACUCAAAUUAAGAUACAUUUAGGCCACAUACAAACCUGAAUCCUUGCUUGUCCAAAGCAGCAAUAAGCUUGUGAGCAUGUUAAAAAGCUCUCAUACUAACAAACAUCACCCAUCAUUACAGGUAAAUAAAAUGGCCAAUGAUGCUGCAACAAUUAUCAAUCAGCUUUACAAUAAUAUCUAAAAAGAGGAAGAAAAAACAAUGGCGACAAGGUGGUGAGUGGCAGCCGCUCAUCGUACACUCCAAGUCACGUCAGUGGGACAGAGUUCACUCCAAUUCUUUUGAUACAGCACUAGGUAUACAACAACCAAGGUCUUCACUGUGCUGUAACCUUUAUGACAGUAAUAAUAAUAAAAUAUCUAAACAAUUUUUUCUUCAAAACCAAAAGAAAAUAAAAAAAUCGCUCCUCAAUGAUAACUAAAUUCCCCUUUGCCCUUAAGUAACAGCAUAACAAAUAGACUGAAUCAUGUCUUUCAAAAACUAACCCUUGAUACUUUCCCAAACCAAACUAGCCAAAAAAAGAUUGAUAUCCCUAUGAUUAUGCGUCUCCAUCUAUGUACAAGUGGCUUGCUUUCUAUGUUCCCUAAUCUAUCACAUGAUAUGGCUAAGGGGAUAUAACCAGAUGUAUGCAUGUAUAAAUGUAUCAGGAAGUGGAGAAAGAAAAUAACUGAAAUGUAAAGGGUCAAUGAAAAUAAAGAGUUGCCGUGCUC